AUGUAUCCCCACACCGGGCUUGUUGGCUUGAGCCUGGAAGCUCAAACGAUAAUGGCGAUUGUGCAUUUUGUGGCUGUUUCCGAUUACAAGGACGGGCACAUCAAGUUCAAUGAAAGCCACCACGCAUACUCCGAUGGCCUGUGCGAUGCAGAAGUGAAGCUCGCGGCCCCGAACACGCCGCUCUAUGAGGUGAAAUGGCAGGCACAACAGGCCUUGAAUUGUCACCUAGAUGUUCUCGUCCGGGCGAGUGGCUGCCGACUUCGGGAAGCCUCCACACUGGAGGAGCUGGGUAUCAAGGAUGGAGAAACCUUGAGCGCAGCGACUCUUCGGAGGCCACCCCCUGUAAACCGCCUGGCGCACGCCUUCGCCCUGCCAAGACGGGACGGCUCGCUGGUGGUUUGGGGCAACCGGUCAUUGGGCGGGGAUUGCAGCGACGUGCAGGAGCAGCUGAAAGAAGUGGAGGAUGUGAUCUUCUCUCAUGCAGCGGCAGCGGCACGCUUGGCGAAUGGCGGAGUGGUCACUUGGGGAGACAAGCGAUACGGUGCUGACAGCAGAGCGGUGCAGACUGAGCUAUGCGAUGUUCGUGACAUCCGAGCAUCGUAUGAUGCCUUUGCGGCACUGCGUUCUGACGGUCGGGUCGUCACCUGGUGUGGCCGGGAUCGCAGUGCCUGCGUGGACCACCUCCGAGGGGUGCGGCUCCUGGCAUCAGCAAGGUAUGCGUUUGCUGCAGUUCUCGAAGAGGGCGGAAAAGUGGUCGCUUGGGGCGAUGUCAAGCAAGGCGGCGAUGUCGGUGCUGCAGCCGAAGAUCUUGUUGACAUUUGCCAGAUCGAGGCCACCAGUUCCGCCUUCGCGGCUCGUCGUUCGGAUGGAGUUGUCAUCCCCUGGGGCGAAGCAACAUCAGGCGGUGACCCUGGGCCUCUUCAAGGAGUUCUCCGCAGAGGCGGUUUCUGCGACAUCCAGGGCUCCGGAAAGGCAUUCGCUGCGAUCCACCGGGAGGAUGGCAGUGUCGUGACCUGGGGCUCCUGCGAGGGAGGCUGCGGGCAACGUCGGGUGCAGUCCAUUGCUGCAACUUCUUUUUCUUUUGCAGCCCUUCUGAUCGAUGGCAGCGUCGAGGCGUGGGGAAACCUGCGAUAUGGUGGUGCUGUCGACGUCCAGAAGGAUCUCCAGGAGGUCGUCCAGCUGGCCGGAAACGGCGGAGCCUUCGCAGCGCUUCGCAGCGAUGGCCGCGUGGUGGUCUGGGGCCACCCAGAUUAUGGAGGUGAGGAAGACUGCUCCAACCUCACCGACGUGAGGGAGCUCCGCGCGACUUAUGGCGCCUUCGCAGCCAUUUGCGGUGACGGAACGGUCGUCACCUGGGGCGAUCCGGUUGAAGGUGGCGGUUCGAGCUUCUGCUGGGGCUGA